AUGUUGUGUCACCUCUCUACACCGCUUGAUAAAAUCCUUACUUUAGACACCAUCUGCUUAGAAGUUACUAAUUGCGAGAAUGUUGGCAUCACUACCUAUUCGGAUAGUCAUUCGCCACUACAAGCAUUGGAGUCUCACAAAGUGACCUCCAGACUGGUGCAGGAGUGUAAACAGGCUUUGAAGACACUGGCCUUCUCCAAGAGGGUGGAACUAGUGUGGGUUCCUAGUCACAAAGGAAUUAAAGGCAAUGAAAAAGCCAUUGCAAGGGAAGGAGUGGAAUUUUUUAUUGUAGGUCCAGAACCUGCAAAAGGAAUAUACAAAAAGCAUCAGCGGAAAGAAGUCCUUGAUUGGACAUGGAAAAAAGCAGGUAAAGAAUGGAGGGAAUACACUAGGCUUAGACAAGUCCAAACAAUUCGUCAAAAUCUCCUCUCCCUCCAAAACUAA